AUGGCUUUACCCCAUCCACCUCCUCCUAAUCUGCAUCCUGGUCAAAACCCACAACAGCUUCCGUUCGGUCACAUGCAGGGUGGUGGUCAACCUGGUCAACCUGGCCCAGGUCCAGGUCAACCUUCUCACGCUCACACUCAUGCUCAACAAAUGCAAAUGCAAAUGGCCGCAGCGGCGGCAGCGGCAGCCGGAGGUCCACCUGCAGGUCAACCUUUCCCUCAUCAAUACUCAAUUAGACCACCUCCUCAAAAUGGUAGCAACGGUGUAGCAAUGUCAUCACAACAAGCUGCACAAUUACAACAACAGCAACAACGAGCAGCUCAACAACAGCAGCAACAGCAGCAGCAGCAACAACAGCAACAGCAACAGCAGCUUGCUCAGGCACAACAAGCUGCUGCAUUACAAGCUCAACAGCACCAACAACAGCAACAACAGAAUCAGCAAAAUAGAGCUGUAGUACCACCUUCACCGCAUCAUCCUUCCCCUUCUCCUCACUUGGCACAUCAAGGCUUCCCCGGAGGCAUACAUCCUCAACAUUAUCCUCAUCCACCACCUCAACCGGCUGGGCCUCAACAGGCUCAGUCUCCUAUACCAGGUCACUUAAGACAGCCGCCUCCUCAUCCUCAAGGCAAAGUCCGACCGCCGCCGCCACCACCUCAACAGCAACAACAACAGGCUGGAGUGCCACCUCAACACCAACAUCAACAUCCUCAACAUCCAGGAUAUCAACCACAUCAAGGCAUACCUGGGUCAUCGCAACAGCCAGGUCAACCUCAGCCGCAACCACAGCCACCACAACAUCUGGUUCACCCCCAACCUCAACAAGCUAAUCAAGCUCAACCUGGAAUAAAUGGAAUGGCAGGAGGACAGCAUUUGCAACCUCCUCAACAUGGAGGCAUGGAACAUCCGGAUGCUUACGCGAUGUCCAGAGUGGGAAGUGCUAUUCAGAGUCAGAUGGGUCAACGGUCCUGGGACAGCGAAAGCAUGCUCAAAUUGUAUAUUCACGACUAUCUGGUUAAACACAAUUUCCCAGCAGCAGCUGCUCAGUUCAAUGCGGAAGCGGGAUUGGCAGAUCAGGGCGUGCCUAUAAAUGUAAGGGAUGGAGUCCUACACGAAUGGUGGUGUGUGUUCUGGGACGUGUUCAGUGGAGGAAAAGGAGCACAAGGAGCGAUGAAUCCAGCCUUAUACAACGAUUCGAUGACUCGAUUGAGAAAUAUUCGUAAUCAGCAACUUGGCAUAGGACCUAGUGGAUAUAUGCAACAGCAACCGCAUCAACAACAACAACAACAGCAAUCGCAACCGGGUGCUCCUGGUCCAUACCCUGGGGGGCCUCAACAAGGUCAACCCAUAUCGUCUCAGCAAAUCCUAAGUAUGCGACAACAAGCUCAAGCCGCUGCCCAAGCCAACGGUCUCAACCAGCACCAAGCCGCGCAAAUGGCUCAGCAGCAAAUACAACAGCAACAACAGCAACAAGCCCAGCAGCAGCAAGCCCAACAACACCAAGCUCAACAACAUCAGGCUCAACAGCACGCUAUGAUGCAACAGCAAGCUACUCAGAGAUUUGCUCAACCUGGACCAUCAUCUGCUUCGCCUGUUCAAAGACCGCCUCCAUCGGGCCAACCGAUGUACCAGGGUCAGCAACAGCAGCCACCACCGCAGCCGCAGCAAGGUCAACAACCUCGACAAAUGAGUGGACUGCAACCGCCGCAUCCUCCUCCGGGACCAUCGCAUUCACCUGUGGCUCCUUCACCUCACAUGAUGCAGCAACCUCACCCCAGUGUCAUGCCUUCUCCUCAUCAAAAUAAUAUGCGACCACCUCCACCCGGUAUCAAUGGGCAACAACCGGGAACACCUAACCCCAUGAUGCGAACACUGACUCCUCAGCAACAUCAUGCUAUGUCACAGGUGCAACAGGGUCAGCCUACGCCCGGACCGGGUCAACCUCCUCCAGGAUAUGCCCAUCCUCAACCACCGGCAAAUGUUGCUAGUCCUGUCAAUGGCCCACCUCAAGCUCAUCAUCUGUCAGCUGCUCAACAACAGCAGAUGUUACAGACUCAAGCUCAGGUCCAAGCUGCUCAACAAAGAGCCCAGCAUAGUCUGGCAGAGAUACAAGCAGCUCAAGCCCAACAACAAGCAGCUCAACAACAUCAACAACAACAGAUCAUGGCUCAACAACAAGCUCAACGGGACCAGCAGGCUCAACGAGAUCAAGUAUUCUUCAGCCAACAACAACAGAUACAAGCUACCGCAAGUCAGAUGUGGGGUACGUUAGGUAUAGGUCCAAUCAACACUCACAUUAUGAGUCAAAGUGCGCAUCAAGUCGGUUUAGGUGGAAAAAAUCCUCAAGAAAUGGAUGAACCUGAAAAGCAACGCCUGAUUCUGAAGUAUAAACAGACAAUCGCCGAGAAUCAACGCAGGGCAAUGAUGGGCCUGAACGUACAGGGUGCUCAGCCUGGACAACCCGGACAACCCGGACAGCCUGGUCAACCCCAGACCCCAGCUCAUUUGCAGCAGCAGCAGCAGCAGCAGCAGCAGCAACAUCAGCAGCAACAGCAGCAACAGUACAUGGCUCAGCAGCAGCAGAUGAUGCAAGCUCAGGCUCAGGCUCAGGCUCAGGCUCAGGCUCAGGCACAGGGAGGGCAAGUUGGGCCUCAUCAAGGUCAGGGAACAGGGCCUCAUGAAAGGGCAAUAAGCGGUGCUACCCAGAGGCCUAACGGAGCUCCCCAAGGGUUUGAGGGGAUACCGAUGCAAGAAACCGAUUCUCACACAUCUAACCCCGCUCCACGAGGCGCUUCACCUCCCGAUCGAAAAAGGAUGCGAAGAAACUCUGGCUCGGCCGCUCCUAGCCCAUUCCCAGGCAGUCAAAAUGCUCCGACUCCCUCUGGCUACAGUCAAGGCAUGACACCCCAGAAUUCUGCUGGUACUCCUCAACAACAGGCAUUUGGCGGUAUGAUGGCAGGUAACGAAGCUCAGCUCCAGGCGAUGCGUCAACAGCAGGAAGCAAGGAUGGCAUAUGAGAAGAAAAUGCAUCAAGAUCAGGCCCAGGCAAUGCGUCAAUUAGCCAAUGGUUCUUUACCACCUGGAUUCCAACCACAUACACCUAUCAUGUCGGGACAAUCCAUUGAUGGCACAUCGCCUGCUCAAACUCUGGGAUCUCAACAGGUGCAAGCUUCACCUAGAAACCCGCCUCAAAAUCAGAUGAACAGAGAAAGGAAUCAGAGUAAAGGUACUACAACCGCUUCAGGGGCAAUGCUACCCCCUCAGAGCCCAGCAAUGACGACUCAGAGAUCAUCUACGCCCAAACCUGGAGCGUCAGGGAAGACUGUUCAGACGCCCAAAUCCAUGAAAGAGGAGCUGCUGCGAGAUACUGUUGCUACACCUAAAUCACUCUCACUCAACCCAUCACCCAGUAAUGCCAUAAUACAUAUCACCGACACCGCCGCGGCUACCACCUCGACACAUGGUCUAACGCCUUCGCCGCCAUCAGCGUCAACCACUACACCCGCUACAGCUAAUGGAUCGAUGAAUUUCAGUAGUUCAAGUAAUGAUCUUUCCUUGCCAAUGGAUUUCGGUUUGAUGGGAAAUAACAGUAUGGGCGUUCUAGGUGGAUUGGAAGGAGGCGAAUUCGAUGCUUUAGCGGCAUUCGGUGAGAAUUUCGAUUUCGGGAUGUAUCUUGCGGGGUUAGAAGAAGAUGGUGAAAAUGGUGAAGUCGGCGUUGUAUAA